ACUGCGCGGUUUGAUGCUUGUCAGGUGAAAUCCAAAGGAGAAAAAUGAAGCUACUCUGGGCAUCUGUCACUCUUUUAUUAGCGCUACUGUCUAUUGCUGGAAGUCAAGAAUACUCUUCGCAAGGUUCAAACCCAGCCCCCAACAAUGGAUAUGGCGCGGGGACCGGAUAUACUGAUGGAUACUACGACGGCUACGCUAAUAGAUAUAGUUACGAACAAGGUUAUCUAAUGGGGAGGCAAGAACGAGACAGAGGAAGAGACAGAUCUCGAGGUAGAGGAGGACGUCGUGACUACGAUCGCCGUGACUACGAUCGUCGGGACUAUGAUCGCCGGGACUAUGAUCGCCGGGACUAUGAUCGACAGAACUAUCAAUGAAGACACUUGAUUAUUAACAAUUUAUCAGAACAAAUUUGACCCUCAAUUUUGUGGGAAUUGUAUGCCUGAGAAGUACUCCCAAUAAACGAAUGAUAAGAACUGAGUUCUCAUAUUGGCUUCAAUGCGCUACGCUGAUAGAAAAAAUUAUUUUUAUUGAGAUGUUUCCUUCUUGA